CUGAAGAGAUGAUCUCAACAAUCCUCCCCCAGCAACAGCCACAAGCAGCAACAUACAAUUAUCCUUGUGGAGAUCUACUUGAACGGGAAAGAAGAAGAGAGUACAUUGGUAUUUGUGUUCCUCUAUAUAAAGCAUCCAUCAAAGGAGAUUGGGAGGCUGCAAGCAUCAUCAUUAAGGGAUGUGAAAAUCUGGUACGGUUUAGUAUCACUGAAAUUAAGGAAACACCACUUCACCUUGCUGCAAGGGCCAGAAGCCAUGUCUUUGUUAGAAAUCUUUUGGACAUGAUGGAAACAGAAGACUUGAAACUGCAGAAUGAAGAUGGGAACACUGCUUUCUGUUUGGCGGCCACAGCUGGAGACGUUAGAAUAGCUAAGAUCAUGGUUGAGAAGAAUCCGGAAGUGCUCACGAUCCGUGGUACUGGGAACAUGAUGCCACUCUAUCUUGCUGCUUCUAAUAAUUGCCAUGAAAUGGUGAAAUAUCUCUACUGUGAACCAAUGGCAACUGAUGGCUUGACAGAUGAUGAUUGGAACAAGGUUUUCUUAAAAUGCGCCGAGUGUGAACUUUUUGGUCCAGGUUUCGGGACCGAAGCUGACUUAGUCGCCAAGUUAGCUAUAAUUGAAAAGUAUGGGCCAUCAAUUUCGUUUAUAAAUGAUCUUGAUAUUGAUUAUAUGAAUGUGGAGAUUAGUCAAAUCCGAACAAACAACACACCCGGAUAUUAUAAGAUUACACAAACGCCAGCUAGUUUUCUUACAUUGAAUCUUGGAUCUAAUCGGAUUAUAAAAUCUUUUGUAGAUGUUGCACUACGUAUAUUGGCCGACCAUGAGGAAAUAGUCCUCCUUCAUGAAGAGAGUAUAUGGAACGUGUUGUACGUAUUGGCUAGAAAGCCAUAUGCAUUUUAUGAAAUAACACAACCUGUUGUCCACAGAGUCAUCAAUUCAAGAUCAAUGAAGGAUACCGUAACUCAAAUCAGAGACAAAGAGGGUAAUAAUAUAUUGCAUUCAGUUGCAAUGAAUUCAGGGAAAAACCCACAGGAUAACGCGUGGGGAGCUGCAUAUCAAAUGCGGCAUGAAUUACUAUGGUUUAAGGAAGUAUCUUUAAUGGUUCCACCUCAAUCCAAAGAAAUGAAGAAUGCACAGGGCCUCACACCAUCAGAACUGUUCACUAAUAACCACAAAGCUCUAGCUUUAGAAGGUGAGGCACUGAUAAAAGGUACAAUUGGCCAAUCCAUGGUGGCUGCUACACUUAUAUCCACGAUUGGAUUUUCAGUUGUUUUUACAAUUCCAGGUGGAUAUAACCAAAACAACGGUUUUCCUAUAUUCCUCCAAAACAAAGUCUUCACGCUAUUUAUCAUACUGGAUGCCAUUUCUUUUCUCUUAUCUUCAUUUUCAAUCAUCACGUUCUUAACCAUCAUGGUUACUAGUUAUGGUCAAAAUGAUUUUGUGGAAACACUACCACAAAAUUUAUUAUUGGGUCAAGCAACACUUAUUCUCUCGAUAUUUACGACUAUGAUAGCUUUUAUUGCAAGCUUUUUUGUUCUGUACCAUAGUAGUUUGUCAAUUGUUAUUGCCUUACUAGCUACUAUACCAGCCAUGUUGCUCUCUAAGCAACAAUAUCAUGUAGCCGCAAAAGUGUCUCGCUUGUACAAACCAUGGCAUCACUUUCAUCCAAAUUUGAGGCAUGUGCUUCACUAUCAGAACCCAAGGUUUUAG